AUGGAGAAUCUCUCGAGGCGCAUCCGCACCCUUAGCGGGAGCCGCAGCCGCAGCCGCAGCCGCAAGGACUCCAUGCCGGGGACGCUGCGCCUCGACCCAGCCGGCAGCCACCCCCCGCUGCCUACUAUUCUCCACCCCAUUGGCACUUCCUUCAUCGUGCCCCAGCUGAACGAGGCCGAAGAGUGUCUCGACCCCGCUCAGAAGUUCAUCGCCACCAUCAGCGUGAUGAUCCAGUACCCCAAAUUCUGUAUUUGGAUGAACUCCCCUCUGACUCUGGUGGAGGAACUCUCGAGCCCCGAGAUCGGCUUCGAGCGGCCCCCGACCGCCACUUUAGACAAAGUCGAGGUCGGCAUCAUCAAGAUGACGAUCUAUGUUCGCACUACCGAGUCCGCCCGCGCCUUCUUCCGCCGUGUGGACGAGACACGCCCGAUCUCCAUUGAGCUCCGCAUCGGCGCUCUCGAGCGUGCCGGUGUCGAGGCGAAGGACAAGGACGACAGCACCCGUCCUAUCCAGGCCAAAGUCGACGAGCACCUACCGUCCAACAGCCCAGUCCCCGCGUGGAUCUGCACACGUAUCAUCCACGCCUUGUCGGCGGAAAACAUCCCCAACGUCUUCUUCACGGACACGACGUCGUUUGACCCGCGUAUCCUCCUCCCCGCCGUGGGCAAGUUCAUUGGCAGCCCGGCCGCCAAGGGCGUGAAGCACUUUGUCCUCCCUCUUAGCUCUGCGCACGCGGUCCACUCCCGCGAGCUGGCAGAGGGGCUCGACCGCAUUAUCGAGGCGGAGCUCGAGAAGAACACGAGCAUCGAGGUGCUCUGUCUCCACACGGGGGAGAAGAGUGGCCCUCUGAACUACUGCGUCGAGUGUUGCGGCGAGGCAGCCGAGUGGAACACCACCACGCGUAGCAAGCCCGACAUGAGGAGCAAGCAGGCUGUCCUCGAGCGUAACCGCGCCCUCCGCGUUGGAGUGGCCCACGAGGCUCGCGAGGCGUUCGUCGAGUUCUGUGCUCGUGACCAGAGAGCGAAGGAGAUGGCUCUCAAGGCCAUGGCCUUCCUGAACGCGGUGGCCCCGGUCGUGGCACAGGACACCAGCGCCUCAUCGGGCUCUCACUCCAUCCGCCUUCACCCAGCUACCUCUGGCCCCAAAGCUAAGAACCUCCCCCUCACUCCGUCCCCGACCGGCACCAUCAGCAACCCAUCGACCAGCAGUCUCGAGUUGACGACUGUCGUCCUCGGUCCUACGACUCGCUCUCGGCCAGUCACUCCGUUCCCGAGCACGGCUGAGGCUUCUUUCUCCAGCAUCGACCUGGCACCCUUCCCAACGCCUCCUUCCCACCUCCCCGGCCGCGCCACCCGCAUAGCGCCCCGCGUUGACCUCCAGUCGACCGCAGUGAACCCCCCCAACUUUGGAAGCCACCAGGCGACUUCCAUACCAUUCCCUGACAUCGUCGACGAGACGGAGCUUCCCACCCUCGAGGGCGGCGGUACCACGAGCAGCGGCUCUGACAGCGACCACGCCGGCCCCAGCACGCCCGCCGACCAGCUCUCGACCCACAAUUCGACCGACGACCUGUUCACGGAGCCCAGCGUGGACUUCUCGCUCCCCCGCCACAGCACCUUCGAGCAGGCCGACGAAAUCGUCCCGUGGACCGAGACCCCGCGCGGCGACUCCGCCUUCGUCUGGGAGGACCCCUUGUCCUCGACCCCUGUGCGCAGCGUGGCUGGUGAGGGCGAGACUUGGGUAGCGCCCGGUGACACCGCCCCCACUCCCGUCCGCCGCCACGAGUCCGCCGCGCACUCCUCGAAAGUCGCGACGCCUACCGGCAUCGAGAGGAAGCUGGCCGAGCACACGCCCCAGGCCCGUCCUCUUUUCCAGAGCCCCCGCCCCCGCCCCCGCGCAGUUUCCGUCAACAACAUGCCCCGUCGCGCCAUCCCAGGGUUUGGUGCCCCCGGCGUACUUGCGACCCCCCGCUUCUCGCCGCGUGGCGCCAACGAUCUCGACCUCACUGGCUUCUGCACCCAGUCUGCGGUGGCCGGCGACGCCGCCAAUCAGGUGGAGGACAUCGCGUCGAACCCCACAGACCCCCCCUCCGGUCUCGUCCCCGAUGUUGACAAUGAGGCGGGUGCUGCGGCCGGCUCCGUUACUUCCACCCCUAAGCCCACUCUCCCCUACGACGACUGCAUCGUCACCCCUGACAGGCGCGCAGCUGCCGAGGCUAUGCUUGCGUUCCGCAGCGGGCAUGUCGCCACAAGCCCCCUGUCUGAGCGCAGCCAAGCCCAGCAGGCCAGCAACCUCGAGCCGCGGGCCGCUUCCAUCUCUGGGGCACCUGAAAACAUGGAUGCCGAAGCCGAGGAGCUCGUAUCAGACACCACCACCACCACCUGCGGCGACAACGACUCGGACGUCGUAGCAGACACUACCAUGGCCACCUAUGGUGACAACGACUCGGAGGUCGUGGCAGACACGAGCACAGCCACUUACGGCGCCAACGACUCGACCUUCGACUCCAUCCCCUCCUCUAUCGAGGGUGCACUUGGCGACGCGAUGCACAGCCUCCGCAUCAACAACGUUGCUCAGGCGGGAACGCCACGCAAGCCCUUCCCAGUCGCGGAGGACAUCCCGUCGGUCCCCAACGACGUGCACCAGGCGCAGGCGCAGGCAGCCACUGCGUCCUUGGCACUCUCUUCAUGCUCUACAUCCUUGGCACCCUCCGAUGACGGUGCCACCGACGCCACUCCCACCGUCACAGAGUACCGCUUCCUCAGCAAGGCCCAGAUCCAGCGUAUCCACGACUUUGCCAACUCCCGCGACGCCGACAAGUUCCACUUCACCUGCUGCUCCGAGUCGCCCAAUACCUCUACUUGCCUAUACAGCCGCGACCAUGCCCAAGCUGGCCGCCCGGGCCUGGGCAACCACCCCCUGGCGAGUCAGUCGAUCCAGUCGACUCAGUCGACCCACAACCAGCUUCCCCCUGCCCACUUUAACAUCGACAAGUGGUUCAACGACAACAUCGCUUUCGAGCGCGGUGUCGACCACGCCCGCGUACUCUGGGCGGAGGAGCAGAAGCUCGCCAUGCCAGCCAAGAACACCCUUGGCAAGAUGGUCAAGAAGAUGACCGGCUCGGUGCGCGGUAAGCUCCCCGUCUGGCGCAAGGCCGACAGGGCUCUCUGA